AUGAAGAACUAUUGCAACGAAUCGUUGCAAUCCGCCCCUGUCCUCCGCACGCUUCCAAUGAACACUUACCUUCCCACUGACCAAGUUCGCGGGCCCAAUGCUCUGCCUGAUACUACCAUGCAACCCCCUUACUCAACACCUACAAUACUUCCAUUUUCAUCUAUUGAGGAAUGCCAACUUCCCCAUCCAACGCCUGUCAUUCACUCCUCUGUCUCUCCUAACCCCAUACUCUGCGCUGAGCCCGGUGUUUAUUUCCCGGCGGGUUCUAAAGCCGACUUGCCUGGAAAAACUUACUCCUGUCCGAUCCCGAACCCGAGCAUGCCAUACCUACAAUCGAUCACGUCAUCUGGCGGAAGUGACUUGGUUCCAACAUUCACACACUUUUCCGGAAUAAGGCCGCAGACGUUACACCUCUCCCGAACCUCGCUCUUCCAUCUCCCGCUCCCACUCGCUCUUCCACAAUACGACUCCUCGCGCUCUGUAAUGGUCCCAAAGCCGUUCAUCGAGGAUGACCGUACACCGAUCCGCAACACGCAACCACUCCCGCACCGGCUUAUUGUUUCCAACCUUUCCGCUAUUUCCGGUGACAUAGCGAGGCAAACGGCUGAGACCACCCUGACACCCGAAGCCAACAUCACGAACAACUCGCCGACGAGAGAACGCGAUGAAUCUGGAGGCUCGCCCAGUAAGCGCGGACGUCUCACUCACCACGGACGUGUCGCCGAAGAGGAAGGGAGUCUUGUUUCAAGCGUCAUGAGGACAGAACGUCGUAUCGAGGAAGGAAUGUCUAUUGUCAGUACUCAACCACAAUCCCCAUUCUCUUCUCGGACCUUGUCUGACGAGGUGCUGCUUAUGGCGGCAGGACCCAUAA